ACAUUACCAAGAAAAUGGUUGACUUGUCGGAAGACCAGAUUGAGGAAAUUCGCGAAGCAUUUUUUGUUUAUGAUAACGAGAACACCGGAUGGGUGACCACCAAGCAGAUGCUAGAUGUGAUGCGCACCCUGGGUCAGAGUCUAACGGAAGCCGAGCUAUACGCAAUUACCAGCGAAUAUUGCCUUCACAGUGGUUUGGUCUACUUUAAUGAAUUCCUCCAGAUGAUGACCAAGCGACUGGAAGAGCAGAACAGCAUCGCCAAUCUACAGCAGGCCUUCAGGAUCUUCGAUCGCAAUGAUGUACAGUAUUUCACCGUAGUAGAACUUAGGGCAGUGAUGAUCAAUCUGGGCGAGAAGAUAUCCGACGAUGACCUGCUGGAGAUGUUCAAGGAUAUCGAUUUGGACAACGAUGGGAGGGUCACCUUUUCCGAUUUUGUAACUGCCAUGCGAAGUUAAAUUAAGAAUUCCAAAUUGAAAGCACCAAAUAAACACGAACUCGAACCCCUUU